UUUUUCGCACAUAAAGCAUUCUCGUCACUUCAAAAAAAUUCAAUUGAGCCACUUUGAGCUGAAUUGUGACCAUUUUAACGAUGUCUUUAGUACUCGUCUGGACCUUGACAACAACUAUAACCAUGAUGUCUAUGAGGAGGCCUGGAAAUCUCGAUGUGCACCGAAAAUAUCUUCUUGUAUGUUCCGAAGACCCCGAGGAGUCUUAAAACAUGUUGAACGUCAUGUGGGUGUGCGGUAGUAAACAGGUAAAGCAGAGAGAUCUAAACCCAGCGGCGCUGUAUCCAUGGCUACACAGGAGCGCAGGUACACAGGUCCGAGUGAAGAGAGAUUGGAUCAUUCCACCCAUCAGAGUUUUGGAAAACAGCAAACAGGUUCCUGAAGAUCUGGUGCAGAUCAAAUCUGACAAGAUUUUCACCGGGGAGGUGAUAUACAUGCUGGAGGGUCCCGGGGUGGAUCAGGACCCCAAAGGCCUCUUUGAAAUUGACGAUAAAACGGGAUGGAUCAAAAGUCAAAUGCCACUGGACAGAGAAAAACACAGGAGCUUUAAGCUCAAAGCCUUUGCACUUUCUCCCAGUGGAGAGAGAUUGGAGAGUCCCACCACCAUUGAGAUUUAUGUUCUAGAUCAGAAUGACAACAGACCUGUAUUUACACAGAAUGAGUUCAUCGGCACAAUCCCAGAAUUCUCUGUUCCAGGUACUUCAGUCAUGCAGGUGUCAGCAGUAGAUGCUGAUGAUCCUACGACGGAUAACGCAGCUCUGAGUUACUCCGUCAUUGGCCAGGAGACCGUCCCACCCAACAGCAUCAACAAGACCAUGUUUGGCAUCAACAACAAAACAGGAGUCAUCUACAUACGAGACGUGGGGCUAGACCGAGACGUGGUGCAGUCUAUUAAGUUGACUCUGCAGGUGGCUGACAUGUCUGGAAUGGGUCUCACCUCCAUCGGCCGCGCCAUCAUUACUAUUUCUGACAUUAACAACCACGCUCCGAAAUUCCAGCCUGACCAGUAUAAAAUGUACGCGCUGGAGAACAAGCACAUCGCGGAGGUGGGCAGGAUCAAUGCGACGGAUAAAGACCAGAGAGGUGGAGUAAACUGGAAAAUGAUUUACAAAAUCUCAAGCGGAGAUCCCGCAGGACACUUCAGUGUCCGCACAGACCCCGUGACCAACCAGGGCAUCAUUUCUGUGGUUAAGCCGCUGGACUUUGAGUCUCAGGUGGAGCAUCGGCUCACUGUCACAGCUGAAAACGCAGUGAAUGUCAAAGGUCCGUAUGAGCGAGUACAAAGCGCCACAGUCACAGUCACUGUGGUGAAUGAAAACGAAGCCCCCGUCUUCUAUAAAAACCCCAUUAAAGUGUCUGUCGCCGAGUCUGCCGUUCCCAGCACCGUCCUCGUCUCAGACAUCGCACAUGAUCCGGAUAACGCCAAGCUACGGUAUGAAAUCAUUGAGGAUCCCGAGAACUGGCUUUUUAUCGACCACGCUACUGGACAGAUCUCCGUCAGGAGAACCUUCAACAUCCGCUCCCCACAUGUCAAGAACAACAUCUACUCGGCCGUCGUAAAGGUCAUAGAUCAGGAUGCUGAUGGGGUGUUCACGACAGCCACGCUGGAGGUCACUCUUUGGGAAACCAACGAUUACGCACCCGUCCUGAUCCCCUCCAGCGGGACGGUGUGCAGUGAUCGAGACCGAGAUAAACUGGGUCUCCUGCUCAGCGCUGUGGAUCAGGACAUGUCGCCUCAAUCCGACCCCUUCACUUUUUACAUAGUGGACCAAAGCGUGGCCGUCAACUGGACCAUAAUAACUCUGAAUGAGACGCACGCUGUUCUUCAGCCACUGAUCGACAUCGAGAGCGGCGAAUUCUCCGUUCCUGUGGUCGUGUCAGACUCUGGUUCUCCUCCGCUGUCCUCAUCCUCUCUGGUUAAUGUCACUGUGUGUCCCUGCGAUAGUUUCGGAGACUGCAAGAGCUUCACAGCAGCCAUGUUUGGCACCAGAAUGGGCAUAAGCUUCAUUGCUCUGAUGCUCAUUAUGGGCAGCGUCGCUCUUCUGUUGUUGCUGCUUGUCCUGGCGGUGGCCGUGAGGGGCUGCAGGAGACAGAACGUGAAGAGAGACGGUGGGCUGCUGGUCGGGGCGUCUGAUGAGGACAUCAGAGACAACGUCUUUCAUUACGAUGAGCAGGGAGGUGGAGAAGAGGAUGAGGAUGCAUUUAACAUUGACUUUCUGAGGAACCCGAGUGACGGGAUUCCUCCACCCGUCGGAUUUUUCCCUCAAAACCGCAGCUUGCCGAGAGGAAAACAACCUCUGAGGAAAGAUGCUCCACAUAACCUCCCCUCUCCCACAUAUCCCCGCAAACUCGCGGGAGAACCGACGGACAUCGAGGAUUUUAUUAAUGUUGGUCUUGACGCCGCAGAUGCCGACCCGAACGUCCCGCCCUACGACACGGCUCUGAUCUACGACUUUGAGGGUGAUGGGUCCGUGGCAGGCAGUUUGAGCUCUAUCGCCUCCAUGAGUUCAGACGGCGAUCAGGACUACGAUUAUCUCAAUGACUGGGGACCACGCUUUAAAAAACUGGCUAACAUGUAUGACCCACGUUAAAGACCGGCGCCAUUCAACACAUUCAGAUCUUAUCACGCCCUACAAACCUUCACGUGAACUCUCUUCGUCUGCUUGAGGAGGUGCUGAUGGUGUAUGAUGUUUUUGUUCACCAGAGAAACUUCGCACAGUCUCUUUCUCUUUCCGUUGCUUCGUGGAUCUGUGAGUUAUUUCAACACGAUGAUGUGAUCCAUAUUGAACAGCACCAACUGGAGAGAGGACCCGUGUGGAAACACAUCCAGAUUAGACACGGAAAGACAGAAGGCUUGUUUCUAAAGCGUGUCAUGUUCUUGAGGGAUUAGUUUAGAUGAAGACCGACAUUGAGGCUUGCUGAGCAUGUAGGGCUUUGCAAUGUUGCUUUUGACACUUGUUGAAUGUUUGUUUUUAAAGUAGUUUUGCCAAAAAUGUCAUCAUGUCACCCUUAUUUAGUUUCAAACCCAUAAAACUAGAUUUCUCCCAUUUUUAUUUCUAGGCGGGUUAAAGACUUGCACAGAAUGACACGUUUAGUGUGUAUGCUAAACUCUUGUAUGGCUCACACAUAUUGGAGUUCGCUCAUCUGUCAUGAUGUUUUAUGGAGUCAUAUGCACUUGGAUAAGUGAAAUAUUGAGACAUUGUUUUUCUUUUGUUGAAUUGUUCGAUUGAACAUUGUAAAAAAAGUACAAAACUGGGGUGGUUUCCUUUUUCUACAUUUACAGAUACAAACCUAAAUUUUGUACCUUUUUGGAAAAGGUACAAUUUUGUACUUUUGUGAGUGGCAAAAUUAAUCUUUGUAAACUUGUAUUACACCCGUUUUUCUACGUGACUACUUUACUGCGUUUGUAAUAUAUUGUAUUUAAUACUGUUGUUUGCUUGCUUGCAAUUUAACCACAAAAACAAGCCUUUUUCAUAAUACUAAUAAUUUUCAUAAUACUAAUAAUUUUCAUAUGCAGCACAAUAGCAGUUUGGUGAUGAACGAUUCUUUAAUUGUAAAUAUUUUUGCUUCCCCCUCCCUCAGGAAUUCAAGAACAGAUUCUUUUCAUUAAUACUAUCAUAAUUCCUUUUUUUUGUUCUUAAUAGGUGUUUCUUAAUAUUGAACUACACACCGUUUUUAUUUAUUUCUUAUAAAUUGUGAAAUGCUGUCUUUAUAGUUGCAAAUAAAAGAAUGAAAUGUCGAUGGCUCUGUUAUUCGUUACCGUCUGUGUUCAUAGUAAAGAUAUAAGCUGAACCGCAUACAAUGAGCUUUCAGUGGCUGUUUUGGUCAAAUUCAACCUGCUAUUAUUAAACUUAAAAGUACUAUUACUACAAACACACAGAUCACUCCAGAAACUACAUAACACCCUGGACUCAGUAUCAUACACAUUUCUUGACUGCCUUAAUACACAUACAGAAAAAUACAUUGUCACUAUAUUUUUCUAUAUAUACUAAACUUUCUUUAAAUAAGCUAACUUAACCAUAAUUCAUACUACCGGUCAAAUGUUUAGGAUCACUUGAAAAAAUUGUGUCUCAUGACCUAAAAAUCUAUUGAUCUGAAGGUGUGCGUUUCAAUGUUUGAAAUCACUUUCGUAGACAGACGAAAAUAUAAAUGUGCCAACAUAUUCAUUUACUUUAUUAGAAAACCUAAGUUUGAUUAAAAACUCUGUUUGAAAUGGUUUAUUUGGACCAAAUAAUAAAUAAAAAGCAGUCAUUAAGAGUCCAGCGUGGAUGGAAAUUCCUUCAGUAUAAAACCCUUCCCAGGUUGAUACCUCAAGAAGCCGGAUGAUAAAAUGUGAAGUGUACGAUUCUAGUCAAAGGGUGGUUACUUUAAAGAUGCUAAAAUAUAAAAGAGUUAUAACAUUUAUUUUGGAUGCUUCUAGUCACAACAUAAUUCCCACAGCUACAUUUGUGUUGUUUCAUGGUUUUGAUGGGUUUAAUAUAAUUCAAAACUGUGGAAA